AUGGCUUCGCAGCAGCAAAUCAGUGUUAGGAAACAACAGGAGCUUCAGCUCCAGUAUUCCAACUACAAGAAUGCGCUUCAGAGCAUGGCACAGAAGAUCGGUGAUAUUGAGCAGGAGACCGAGGAACACAAACUAGUCAUUGAAACCCUCGAACCCCUCUCAGCGGACCGCAAAUGCUUCCGCCUCGUUAACGGCGUCCUCGUCGAGCGCACGGUUGGAGAUGUCGUACCUUCCCUCAAGACGAAUGCCGAUGGCCUAAAGCAAGUUCUUGAUGAAAUGGUGAAGCAAUACAAGGCUAAACAGACGGAGAUGGAUAAUUGGAAGAAAAAGAAUAAUGUACAAGUCGUGCAGCAAUGA